AGCAAAAACCGGCCCCGCUGCCUCCCUUUGUAGAGACCUCUGCCGCCGACGCCAAAGCGGCAAGCCGGCAAAGCUGCUUCUCAUCCCUCCAACCCCCCAAUGCCGCCGGCGAACCUCACCCCGACUAAAUGGCCCAAGAACCUCACCGCCGAACACCUCCACCGCCUUGUCCGCGCCGAGCGUGACCCCCGCUGCGCGCUCGCCCUCUUCGACGCGGCCACCGCUGCCCCCGUCCCCACUUCCGCGCCCACACAAAUCCUCCCCUCCCCCGACACCGUCUCCCUCCUCCGUCCUUGCCGGCCUCGUCGCGCACUCCCAUCUCCCCCUCGCCCACUCCCUCCUCGCCGACAUGCGCGCCGCCGGCUUCGGCCCCACCACCGCCACCUACAACGUCCUCCUCAAGGCCCACUGCUCUGAUGCCGACGCUCCUAUCGACGACGCGGUCCGCCUUUUCCGCAACAUCCCCAAACCUGACGCCUGCUCCUACAACACCCUCAUCGACGGGCUCUGCCGCCGCGGCCGCAGGGCCGAGGCCCUGGAGCUGUUCUCCGAGAUGGUAGAAAAUGCCGUUGCGCCUACAGUGGUUACUUACACGACUAUCAUCAAUUGGCUCGCACGGGAGGGCUGCUUGGAUGAUGCACUGGAGAUGUUUGACGAAAUGGGGAGGAGAGGUAUUGCACCUAAUGUGGUCACCUAUAGUUCUCUGAUUGAUGGUUUGUGCAAGGGUGGGCGUGCAGCAUCAGCACUGGACUUGCUGGAGAGGUUGGCCAAGGAGGUGAAGCCGCCAAAUACAAUCAUAUAUAGUUCUGUCAUUAAUGGCCUCUGUAAGGAGGGCCUGCUGAGGGAGGCAAUGGAGGUUUUGGACCGGAUGCGUCUCCAGGGGAGGAAGCCUGAUGCUGGAUUGUUUGGGAAGCUCAUUGUUGGGCUGUGUGAUGCAGGAAGGGCUGUGGAGGCUGCAAAUUACCUGGAUGAGAUGGUUCUUGCUGGCGUUCAACCGAACCGGGUGACUUGGAGCCUUCAUGUCAGGAUAAACGUUGCAGUGGUGACAGCAUUAUGUGUUAGGGGUGAAGUUGGGAGGGCUUUCCAGGUGUACCAGAGCAUGAGGACUCGUGGCAUUUCUACUGAGCCAAGCACUUUCCAUCUCCUGGUUGAGUUCUUCUGCAAAAAGAACCAUUUGGAGAAAGCAGCUCGUGUUGUGCUUGACAUGUUGUCAGAGAGGUGCAUCCCUGAGAGGGAAACAUGGGAUGUUAUUGUCAGUGGGUAUUGGAGUAAGAAGAAAGUCAGACAAGAAGCUGAGCAAAUAUGGAACCAAUUAGCAGUUAUCUGAUUGAAAAUAAAAAUAAAUGUGGUGCUACACUGUGCUGGUCGGACCCUUCCCCGGACCCUGCACAAGCGGGAGCUACAUGCACCAGGCUGUCCCCCUGCUACACUGUGCUGGUACAUGAUCCGCCUAAGACUUAUCAAGCAAAAAUUGUGAACCGACACACUUGUUCCAUCAUGGGGUUACACAAGUGAGAGAGUUGUUGCUACCAAAACCCUUAAACUCCAGUGCUUCCAUGUCCAGGAUAUGCGAAGUACUAAUAUUUAUUGUAUGAAUAAUUUUUGAAGUGACAAGCAUGCGGGCAGUGUUCAGGAACUAGAGCGAACAAAUCUUUUGAAGACCCAACUAUUGUGGAGUGACUGGGAAGCAAUGCCAUGGCGGGUGGUUGGGAAGCUAACGAACAGCAUGCUUCCAAUAACUCCAAUAGCAACUGGCACUGUUGUGAGAACUUGCUUUGUGUCCUCUGAUGGUAUUGGAUAAAAGCAAGAUGCCACAUUCUGGUCAAACAGGGCGAUUGCAACAAAGAUCGUUGCUGAGACAGUUGCAUGGAAAAAGUCUAGAAAUUGUAUCUUAUAUUCAACUGCAGCGUGUGGAUCAAGAGUAACUCCACCAUCGAUGACCCACAAUCCCUUGAACGUGGCAAACCCGUAUCGUACCUUUCCGUUCUCAUCCCUGAAGCUAUCUGUGAAGCUAAGAACAAAGCAUGAGAGUGCACAGAGCACCACGAGCCCUCCCGUCAUCAUUCGAUCCAAGUCACCACAGUGGCCGUGCUUAGCCAUGGUUGGAGCCAGCAGCUGGAAGGCAAGCACGGUGCCUGAUGGAAGGAGUUUGGCGAGGUGCCCGGUGCUCUGGUAUGCCUGUCCGAUUGCUUUCUGCGUGGGGCUCAUGUUGUUGGUGCCAUCAGUUCUGUUGGACAAAAGAGGAUGCCUCUGAUCCUUCUGCAAUUCCAUGUCAGGCUGUGUAGCAGUCAUUGUUGCCGGUGUCCUCUUUGUUUGCUUCCUUCUAACAGGUCUUUGAGGAUGUGUAGCAGGGAUUUGAAGGGAAUGAAGCUGGUGAUCGGCUUCUAUUUGCCGCCCAUUUUGGAUUGCCUUGCAAGAAAGAGAAGCAAAACUGAAGACAAGCUCGGAUCCUGGGUUGCAGUUUCU